AUGGCCAGCGACAAGUCAGAUGCCCACAAGCAGGAUGCUCAAAUCAAGUCCGCAGACAUGAGCGACGAGAUGCAACAAGAGGCCAUUGAAGUCGCACAGACUGCUAUGGAGCAGUUCACUAUCGAGAAGGACAUUGCCCAGUACAUCAAGAAAGAGUUCGACAGCCGGAAGGGCGCCACAUGGCACUGCAUCGUCGGCCGUAACUUUGGAAGCUUUGUCACCCAUGAAACGAAGCAUUUCAUCUACUUCUACCUCGGCCACUGUGCUAUCUUGCUCUUCAAGACUCAGUAG